GUUAGUUCAAGUCCACGCCAGCGCACGCCCUCGACGAAAGGAUGCAGAAGAUAACGGUCUCGUUGCGAUGACCUUGAAGGAUGUAGAGGACGCGUCAAAAAUUCCCGAUGGUGCCACCGUCGCUGGAGGAGAACCUGCACCUACACUCACGCCACAGGCGGACGUCGUGCCCCAAGCUUCGCAACAUCAUUCACUAAAGCACCACCUACUUGGUCCUUCGUUGACAAAAUCUGGACAAGAUGGCGUGGACCAGAGAAAAGUGUCCGAGAUCAUCUAUGAGGCGUCCAAGGGUUCGAAGUAUUUCAACAACGAGGAGGUCAAAGACAAGAACUUGACUACAAAGAUCGAACGAAUCCUCAAACACAAGGCGCAAUUAGACAAGCUCGAUUUGAAGUCAGAUCUAAGGCGCGCAGAUGAUUAUAUUGCAUCCUUGGAGUUGUCGAGAGACCUAUCUCAAUAUGUUGUUCACAUUGACUGCGACGCAUUCUACGCAGCCGUCGAAGAGAUCGACAGGCCAGAACUCAAGAAUGUACCUAUGGCUGUGGGAGUAGGUGUUCUCACCACCUGUAAUUACGAAGCUCGGAAAUAUGGUUGUCGAAGUGCCAUGGCUGGGUUUGUGGCAAAGAAACUAUGUCCACAACUGGUAUGCCUGCCAUUGAACUUCGACAAGUACACGGCCAAAGCCAGAGAAGUCAGGGCCAUUUUGGCCGAUUAUGACCCCCGUUUCGAGAGUUCUAGUAUUGACGAAGCAUACAUGAACAUCACCGAGUAUUGCGAUACGCACCAUAUGGAGCCCGAUGCAGCUAUCGAACAGCUUCGAAAAGAAGUCUAUGAGAAGUGCAAGAUCACCAUAUCUGCCGGAAUUGCACCAAAUGCAAAAUUGGCAAAGAUUUGUUCUAACAAGAACAAACCAAACGGGCAGUUCAGGAUACCUAAUGAGCGGGCUGCUGUCAUGUCGUUCAUUUCAACCCUACCAGUCCGCAAGGUCAAUGGAGUUGGUCGUGUUUUUGAGCGAGAACUAGAUGCCAUUGGUAUCACGACAUGUGGCGACAUAUAUGCUCAACGCGCUUACCUACACAAACUCUUUGGCGAAAAAGCGUUCCAUUUCCUGAUGCAGACCUCCCUUGGCUUAGGUCGGACGACUGUGCAACCGGCCGAGGAUUACGAACGAAAAAGUGUCGGCACAGAAAGCACGUUCCGUGAUAUCAGCAGUAAACAAGAGCUCCGAGAGAAGCUGCGGCAUACUGCCGAAGAACUUGAAAAGGACAUGGCACGUGUGCAAGUGAAGGGGCGUACCCUGGUGCUGAAAGUCAAGCUCCAUACCUACGAGGUAUUCACUCGACAAGUUGCACCUCCAAAGGCCAUUCAUCUAGCGGAGGACUUGUAUAACUACAGUCUGCCAAUGCUCGCCAAAUUGGAGAAGGAAAUACCAGAUUUCAAGCUUCGUUUGAUGGGUCUCCGUUGUACGCAUCUCGUCAGCACGAAGAGGGACAAGCCAGACUUCUUCCGGCCACGCAUGACGAAGACAUCUUCGACCGAUCAAGCCACCGACGAGGGUGAGUGGGAAGUAUGGCCUGACGAGGAAUUUGAAGAAGCCGCGCGUCAAGAACGACAGGAAGAAAUAGACGAACUCGAACGGCUUAGCCAGGAGCAGGAGCAACAGCAGGCUCACGAAAACGACCCUCAGAACCCGACUGCAGAUUGGCACGAACCAUUUGGCCGGUACAAAUAUGGUAGUGAACCCAAUUCACCAGCCAAACACGGCCAGGUCAGAAAUGAAGGCGCCGCACCGAGGGGCAAAGACGAGCAGGAACAGCUUUGGGACUGUCCUAUCUGCCAGCUCCCUCAGCCAGCGAAUGAUCGCGACUUCAAUGGCCAUAUCGACCUGUGUCUGUCGCGCCAGACCAUCAGAGAAGCUGUUGCAGAGGCGCAUAGCUCGACUGACUCUUCCCGGGCCUCUCCGGAAGUCUCUACCGUACCUGGUCGACCAAGGUCAGCGCUUGUAAGCUCCAUGGGCACGCGGGCUGCGAGCAAGAGGAAAGCGGCUGCGAGUUUCUCGUCGAUCCCCGGAGCAAAUACGAUCGGUGGCAGGAAGCAGAAGAAGCUGUUCUUCACGUGAGACUUGCAUGACCCCUGCAGCCAAGUGGCUUGCAUAUAGCCCUGUGCCGUCUGGCCCUGUGGAAAAUAUUUAAUAUUGAUGAGAAACGAAGACUACCUAAGACAUGAAUCAAACGCAUUUUGGAA